CCGUUUACCGGCCGGUCUUGAAUCAGACAUGGCGGCUGUAAGAGAAGUGUAAACAUGCGCUGGUGAAGUUUAUUUCCUCUAACACGUGCCUGUUCACUAGUGAAUUGCUGUGUUUUGUGGUGUGCACAAAAGCAAAGGUGCGGUUGAUACACGUGCUGCUGGAAAUCUGUCUUAAACGGCAUCUACAAAAUUAAAACCGCGGAACACAUGGCUCACGUGGUUGCGCUGAGGUCGUUGCUCCGCGCGAGAAGUUUGUCUGCAAUUUCACGUAGCCGCCGAUGGGAAAGCACUUCGGCUGGCGAAAACUCCAGUGAUGUCAAGGCAGGAGGCUCGGAAGACGCCGCAGUGAAGAAGAAAGGUGGAUUCGCUGAAGCGUUCUUGAAGUUUCAAGAGUUGUCUUUGGCUAAGGACACACCUGAAACGCCCCAACGCUUCUCAACUCUUCUAAGGAACUCUAAAUGGAUCGACCUCGGUGACCCCGAGGGCAGGAUCGUGAUCGGCAAGAUAUUUCACAUAGUAGAGGAUGACUUGUACAUUGACUUUGGCGGCAAGUUCCACUGUGUAUGCAAAAAGCCUGUGAAGAACUCGGGCGACUACGUGCGGGGUGCCAAGGUGCGUCUACGGCUGAACGACAUGGAGAUGUCGUCGCGCUUUCUGGGCACCGAGAAGGACCUGACGCUACUGGAAGCGGACGCCACCCUCCUCGGACUGCAGCGGGCGCAAGAAAAGAGCCCCAAGACUCAGCCGUAGUCCGUUGUUAGCGUUUGUUUCGUAGCUGUUGUUUAUAAAUAAAGACCGUCGUUAGCA